UUUUCAGUCGGUAUAACAGCUCUCGUAAAACCACUCUAUCUUAACCUUUAUGUUGAAACGCAACGAGGUGGAACUAUUUUUUACAUUCCACGACAUUAGUGCGUAUGUGUGACAAAUAUGACUCAAUUAAUUGGAUACUUCGCCCAUUUAUUAUUCACAGAAGAUUGCUUGGAAGAAUAUUUUGAUGAUUUAAAUUUUUUUCAUGUUGGAUGCUUCAAAUCAACGCUGAGCAAAGUUUUAGGUCUAGGAAUCAUUGGUGGCUCUUUUCUCGUUAAAGUACCACAGAUUUUGAAAAUUCUUAAAAAUAAAAGUGCAGAAGGUAUCAAUGUCUUCAGUGUAUUACUGGACUUAUUUGCCAUCAGUGCAAUGGUAUCCUAUAGUUUUGUCAGUGGUUUUCCAUUCAGUUCAUGGGGUGAUGGAGUUUUUCUAGGUAUACAAACUGUAACAAUUGCAGUUUUAGUCAUGCAUUUCAGUGGCGAUACAGUUCAAGCAACUGCAUUUCUUGCUUCUUAUCUGGCAGUAUUAUUUGUUGCUAAUAGUGGGUUAACUUCAGUGAAUGUUCUUUGGGCUUGCCAAGCAAUGAAUAUACCCAUUGUUCUUGUCAGUAAGUUAAUGCAAGCCUAUACAAAUUACUCCAAUGGAAGUACUGGUCAACUAUCAGCAGUGACAGGUUUUAUGCUCUUUUUUGGAUCUCUUGCAAGAAUAUUUACAUCUAUCCAAGAAACUGGAGAUGUGACAAUGAUAUUAAUGUACAUAUGUUCCACUGCGGCAAAUGCUGUAAUAGCUGCUCAAAUUUUGUAUUAUUGGAAUGCAGAUGCAAAGAGUAAAGAUGCAAUGAAGAAAGCUAAAUAAGUAAAUUAAUAAAAUUUGUUGUAAAUAAUAAAAUAACAGAAAAUCAAAAUGGAAGAGAAUAUAUAUAGGGGGCUGAAAAUAAAUGACAUAUAAUAAAUACCUACAUUCUAAUAUUGAUAGAGUGAGAACAAUAUAUUUAAUAAUUAAUAAAUAUAUAUAUAUAAUAAAUUAAUAUUUUGGACAUACGGAA